ACCACUGACUAACCAUGCACACGAACAAGUUUCUUCAAGCCAGAAAAAAUGACGCAAACCACCUUAGAAAAAUGGUGAAAACAACCGAGGAACGGUAGCAACCAACUGGUUCUUCUUCCCGGAUUUCCUCUGCCUCCCCCCCACAGUCCACGCCACCGCCACCAACCACUCCGGUCCGCCCCCGCUCCCUCUCCACUCCACCGACAGCCGCCGCCGGCCGCAUGACGGUGUUCCGGGGCCCUCCGGGCCGGCCCUCGGCGCUCGUGAGCUGGUGGAGGAGGCGCCCGCCGCUGGGCUUCGCCGCCAAGGUCUCCAUCGCCAUCGCGCUCGGCCUCUCCUUCGUCGUCACCUGGACCACGCUCGCCCCGACCUCCUCCUCCCAGCAGAUCUCCACCGAGCGCACCUACUUCGCCGCCGACGUCGCCGACCCGCCCCCUGGAGCGCUGCCCGCCCCCCGCAACGCCACCGCCCGCGCCGCCCACAGGAAGCCCCGCCCCGCCAGCCCCCGCGCCCGCAAGAAGCACCGCUCCCCGCCUAGAUCCCGCCGCCCCAAUGCCACCCCCUCGCCCGACGCCGCCGCCGCGCUCAAGUCCAACCUCACCGACCCGGAACAAGCCAACAAGCCGGAGCCGGAGUGGGAGUGGGAGGACGAGCAGGAGCCGGAGCUGUCCGUGCCGGAGGACGACGCGGACGCCACGAGCAAGGCGCCCAAGGAGGAGGAGGACGACAAGGCGCCGGCCCUGGAAUGGGCCGACGAAUCCAGCGAGCUAGACGCCGAGGAGGAGGAGGACCCGGAGGCGGCCAAGGGCAAGGCUUCCAAGAAGAAGAGGAAGCUGCCGCCUCUCUUCAGCCCGGCCGCGCAUUACCACUGGAAGCUCUGCGGCGCCAAGAGCGGCCACCACUACACCCCCUGCGUGGAUUUCGAUGGGGAUGGGAGCCAGAGGCACCACCAGCGGAGCUGCCCGAGGUCGCCGGUGACGUGCCUGGUGUCGCUGCCAAAGGAGUACAAGCUGCCUGCUCCAUGGCCGGAGAGGAAGGAGAAGGUUUGGUAUGGGAAUGUUGGACAUCCUAGGUUGUCGAGCUAUGCUAAGGACCACAGCUGGCUGAAUCGGACCGGCGAGCACCUGGUGUUCCCGCCGGAGGAAUCGGAGUUCAAAGGCGGCGCACAACAUUAUAUCGACACGAUUGAUGAGAUGGCACCUGAUCUUGAUUGGGGUAAAAAUAUUCGCAUAGCAUUGGACAUUGGAUGCAAAAGUGCUGGAUUCGGAGUUGCUCUACUCGAGAAGGAUGUGAUUACACUAUCAUUAGGCCUUACAAAUGACCAGACAGACCUUGCACAAGUUGCCCUUGAACGCGGCAUCCCUGCAACAAUUGGCAGUCUGGGAUCAAGAAGAUUACCCUUUCCUAGUGGUUCAUUUGAUAUCAUCCACUGUAGAGAAUGCAACAUACCGUGGCAUUCUAAUGGCGGAAAGCUUCUCAUAGAGAUGAAUAGGAUCCUUCGCCCAGGAGGAUACUUUGUUAUCUCAAGCAGACAUGGUGACCUCGAGAGUGAAGAAGGAAUAUCAGCUUCAAUGGCCGCGGUUUGUUGGAACGUGAUAGCUUACAACAGUGAUGAUGUCAGCGAGCUUGGAGUAAAGAUAUUUCAGCGACCAGCCUCAAAUGAUGAGUAUGACCUGAGAGCAAAAAAAGAUCCUCCAUUUUGCAAGGAAGAGCAAAACAAAGCUACUGCAUGGUACACUCCAAUCAAGCAUUGCCUGCACAAAGCUCCUGCUGGUAUUGAAGAAAGAGGCAGUGAGUGGCCUGAGGAAUGGCCCAAGAGGCUCGAGACUUUUCCUGACUGGCUUGGGGACCUGCAGACAAGGGUGUCUGCUGAUCAUAGCCACUGGAAGGCCGUCGUUGAGAAAUCGUAUCUGGAUGGCUUGGGUAUUAAUUGGACUAAUAUCCGAAACGUACUGGAUAUGAAAGCUGUAUAUGGAGGAUUUGCUGCGGCUUUGUCAUCCGAAAAAGUUUGGGUCAUGAAUGUUGUCCCCGUGCAUGCUCCAGACACGCUACCUGUAAUCUUUGAGCGCGGGCUGAUCGGCGUUUAUCACGACUGGUGCGAACCAUUUAGCACAUAUCCAAGGUCCUACGAUCUUCUUCACGCCGACCAUUUGUUCUCACGGUUGAAGAACAGAUGCAAGGAGCCUGCCUCGAUCUUGGUCGAGAUGGACCGGAUCCUGAGACCCGGAGGCUGGGCCAUCAUCCGGGAGAAACUCGAGAUUCUCGACCCGUUGGAGGCGAUCCUGAAGUCGCUGCACUGGGAGAUCGUGAUGACCUUCAGGAAGGACAAGGAGGGCAUCAUGUCUGUAAAGAAAACAACGUGGCGACCGUGAGCUAUCGCGUCGAAUCACAAGGCGCACAAAUUUUUGAUGUGGUACAGACAUAGUUUUGAUUCUCCUGGUUGUUGAUCUGGGUUGAAGGCACCCGAUUCGUUCAUUUGUUGGCUUCCACGACCAUGUACCGCGCGCACACACACGCGUUUGCGACAGUGUUACUCUCGUCAGUUCCGUCUUGAACAGCAUCCAGCUUUAGGUUCAGAGAAGGUGCUGGAUAGGUCGUGUAAAAGGAUGUGCUGUGCUGUGUCGUUUCUGAACAUUGUAAUUGUAACAAUGUGUAAAAGGAUGUAAAGCUUCUGAACAUUGUAAAUGGAUCUGUACAAGGAUGUAGAAGAGUUGUUGAUCAA